AUGAUGAUCAUUUAUUUUAUUUAUAUUAUGACAAAAAUCCUAAAUUAUUAUGUUGGGUUGGAUUAAUUUCAUAAGCUUUCAGUAAAUAUUUUUCAGCUUCUUCAGGGAUAUUUAGGUUUAGGUAAAGAUUCCCUAAUAAUUAACAUGCUUUAAAAGAUUAAGGUUCUAUUUACAAAGCACAAACUAGGUAUGAUUAAGCUUCUUCGUAUUUACCUAUUUCCAAGUAUAUUUCUGCUAAAGCAUAAUUUGUGUUAAAAUCAAAACGCUAAAUUUCUUUUGCUUUCAACAAAUAUUUUAUUGCUUCUUCAAAUUUUUUACAUUGAAGAAAAGCAACUCCUAAAUAAUAAUUUUAGUCAAAAUCUAAAGGUGAAAUUUAUUCUGCCUUCAAAAAAUAUUUAAUUGAAUCUUCUGAUUUACCAAUAUUAAGGUAAAAAUCUGCUAAUUUGA